CGCUUCUCUCUCUCUCUCUCGUGUUUUUUCAAGGGGAGUUCGUUAAACGCGGGCGCAUCCAUUUCCAGAGACAUUCCAGCCCAUCCUCCUGGUUCUCGGUGGAGAUCGUGCUGCUUCAGGUGCUCGCGGUGGUGGUGGUGGUGGUGUUGCUCGCGUGGUGGCGCACCUGCCGGUGGCGGUUGUUCUGGUGCUGCAACGACUGACGGUGUGUAGUCAUCAUCAUCAUCGGGGUAGAGCAAGACCGGGAAGAGGGGAAAGCGGGGGAAGAUAAUGGCUUAUAGAAGGAGGCAGGGAAUGGCUAGGGCUUCGACUUUCAAGGAAGAGAUACAUUACCCUCCGGACGACCCCUUUUCUUCUUCGUCUUCUUCUUAUUCUUCCAAUUCCAAUGCCAAUUCUUCGUCUCUUGCCGCUCAGGCGAUCCGAGCAUCUGCCGCGCAUCGCGAGUCGUCGCUUUCCUCUGCUUAUGGCGAUUCUGCUUUUUCCUACGCCAACAGAGAUUCCGAGCGUCAACGAUCUAAGGUUCCUACUCAGUAUGAGUAUACAUCGCUGAAAAGUACAAAUGAGCCCAAAGGUUUUUGGGGUGUUUUGGCCAGGAAAGCCAAAGCAAUUCUUGACGAUGAUGAGCAGUUUGAUAUGCCUAAAAGAGCAAGGCCACAAAUGGUUGAUUCGUCUACAGGCAACCUGGUAUCCCAACCAUAUCAGUCACCUGAGAGCAUUAGAAGAAUGGACAACCCCAAAAUACGGAAGGGCUUGGAUGCAAUCACAUCUUCUCUCAAUCACAUUGGUGGCACCAUUGGAAAUGCUUUUGAGGAAGGUCGCACAAUCGUGGAGAACAAGACUGCAGACAUCAUCCAAGAGACUCGCAAGCUUCAAAUAAGGAGAAAAGGAGGCAAUUUUGAGGCACAAAAUCAAGUGUCUGGUGUAAAUAGUUCAUUGCAGCAACCUCUAUUUCAACCUGCACAACCACAAAUACAGAACCAAGAAACUCAGCUGAAGGCAUCUCGCGACGUUGCCAUGGCAACAGCUGCCAAAGCUAAACUACUUCUUCGAGAGCUGAAAACUGUAAAAGCAGAUUUGGCUUUUGCAAAGGAACGUUGUGCUCAGCUAGAAGAAGAAAAUAAAAUCCUUCGGGAGAGUCGUGAGAAGGGAGACAAUCCUGCAGAUGAUGAUCUGAUACGCCUCCAACUUGAGACACUUUUGGCAGAGAAGGCUCGUUUGGCCCAUGAGAAUUCUGUAUAUGCGCGGGAGAACCGCUUUCUAAGGGAAAUCGUUGAAUAUCACCAGCUCACCAUGCAGGAUGUUGUUUAUUUGGACGAGGGCAUUGAAGAGGUCACAGAAGUGUACCCAAUCUCCAGGAUGCUCUCUGUUUCCCCUCCCUCACCCAUGUCCCCAAGCUCAGCUCCUGAUAUCCCUCCAUCCGACAGCCCACCAGCAACCAAGGAAAUCUAUUCGGUCCCGAUCCCGAUCCCAAUCCCAAUCCCAGUCCCAAUAAAAGAAAUUGCGGAUGAUUCGAGGAGUGAGGUCCCACCAAGUUCUAGUAUCCAAAUUCCUGAGGCAGAAAAUGCAGAAAGACACUCAACUUCUUCUGCCUAAAUUAACUUUUUCUUUCAUCAAAAGUUUGUACAACAAUAGGUUUUUUUUUGGGGGGGUGUCCGUGGAAGGGAGGAGGAGGAGAUUUCAUUUUUUUAAAAUAAUUUUUUAAAAUUUUGGGGCUAGGGUCUCCAUUCGUUAUUAUUCUGUGUAUGUAAUUGUGCAUGCCAUCUUUGGGGGAUUUGUUGUUAGACAAUGUCAGAAUGCUCGUUCGGUUUUUGACUGGACACUGGACAUUGUAUUGUAGCCCUUUCUUCUGUGGUAUUGUUGAUUUUAUAAUUGUGAAUCUGGAAUGCAAUGACAUUCAAAAAAGUGCUAAGUGUAAAGUUUUGAAUGCCUGUCUUUGAUGGUCAUUUUUCAAAUGCUAGGACAAGUCCAACUAUAUAUAUAUAUAGUGUGUGUGUGUGUGUGUGUGUGAAUACAAGGACAAGUCCAACCAUA